GACCAUGUUUCACUUUAUUUGAUUUUUCAAUCGCUCUUUCCUGAAAAUGGGCGAGUCAUUUUUAGCCUUGUAAUAAGGUUUUAUUUUUUUCUAAUAAAGGCGGACUUCCUUAUAAACAUUAAAGUUACAAAUUGUGUUAUAGGACUUUAUUUCUAUCGAUAUUUCAUUUCUACACGUAUAUCUUCUUACAAUAUCAUAUCGAUUUUGACCACCGGAAGUGUUUCCAUAGCAAGGUUUUACGCCUACUAACAGACAAACAAGAUCUAAAACUUGACAAGGUUUCAUAAAUAAUUUCUCGAGUUUCUACAGAGAUGUUAUUGGAUUGUAACCCUCUUUUACACCAUUCUCUGAAGAGUUUCCACUGGGAAAUUUUCUGGUCAUGUGAUAGGUCUGCAGCAGUCCCUUAUCUGACAGGCAAUGUGAAUGUUCCUAGGAAUUUGAAGGGCCAUUGAAGAUUCUGUGACUCUUCUGACACAGGUAUAUGUUGUGAAGCUACUGACACAGUUGCAGAUCUCGUGAAGCUAAUGACAUAAGGCAGAUCCCGCAAAGACACUGACAUACAGGCAGUACUUGUAAAGUAAAAAAAAAGGAAAGUAAUAAAUGAUAAUGAAGCAAAGGAAUACUACGUAAAGAAAACACAGAAACAGUUUUGUUGUGUCCUUGACGCACAGACUUCUUGGAGCACUCAGGAACUCAGGAACACGGACUUCUUGGAGCACUCAGGAACUCAGGAACACAAACUUUUUUUCGCCAGUAAGAUCACUAUUCAAAUUGUGAAGUCUGUCAAGAUUUUUCUCCAAAGUACAAGUUAAGGAGGCUAUGAUAACAUUCUUCAACAUUACACUAUUUAACCUUUUUACAACUGACUGCUUACUUUAAAGAUUUUCUACUGACUGAAGUGGUUCUAAAAGCUGAAUAAACCCUUUCCAAGGAAAAGAAAUAGUACUCGACUGAAGAGGCAAUGACUUUGAAACUUUUAUACAAAUGUGUGAUUCUGGCAUUAUAUUUCGAAAUGUUUUCUACAAACACAAUAAAGAUUUAUGAAAGAGAAAAUCCUUCAGUAGGGGAGUGUAAAGCAAAUCUAGUUAAUGAGCGUGAACAACUUAUCUAUUAUAGUACCAUUGAUAUGUCUGAAGGAUAUCAUCAUUUUGAUACAGUUCAAUAUGAGAUCAAAAGACAUGAUUCGAACUAUGAACCGUUAUGCUUUCUAGAUUUGAAGAAGUGCAAGGGAUAUAGAUGGGCUUAUUGCUAUUGCAGCGAAACAGCUGACAAAGAUGUGUUUACUGCUGUAGUUAACGUAACAGCUGAACUACAUCUUCAUGAAGCUACGUUGCGUGGACGUUUACUAUACGGUGAUGGAGACACUGUUAGUGAAGAAAGAAAACUCCCAAAAAUUUAUGAUCCCCAAAAAAUUGAAACAACACUUUACAUCAACGACCAACUAAAAAACGCCACAGAUUGUAAUGUUACAGUACACAAUAAAAUGACCAACAUAUUCUUAGUUGUGAAUAAUAAGCUGGAUGUAGUUUGUCAACUGGAGAUCACUGACCAUAACAAAGGAGUGACACAGUCCAGUGAAACUAACGUAUUAAGCUAUACCGCAAAUGUUACAGAGAAAACAAUCAUCACUUUAACAUACUCAGUUUGCAAGUUACCGGAAUACAAUCAUAGCUUUAGCUGCUCCAUUAAAACAGCUCCUUCUAGCUUUGAGCAGAACACAUGUGGCAAAAGCAGCGAUGAUGUUUGGAUCAAGUUUUGGAUUGUCUUGGCUGUGUCGGCUACAGAAGGCCUCUUACUCCUAGCCUCUUUCAUGUGCAUUCAUAAGAGAAGAGGAAAUGUUAACAAGGAUUUAGAUUUUACAGAAUCAAAGAAAUGUGUUUUAAGAAGCAGUACUAGCACAGAAAUGGAAAGUCUUUACUCAAAUAGCACUGAAGACUCAAAGACUCUGAAAGCUAAAUUAGAAAAAUAGAAAAUAGAAAAAGAUUAAGAUCUUUCAAAAAAUAUGUUUCAACAAACGAACUAACACUUGUGAUCCAAACACCAUUUCUACACUGCGAAAGUGAUAGAAACAGGAGAUCUACUACCAUUCCUCUCAUAUACAAAACUUGCAAUAAUGUAAGAGGUCUGUGUUUAUAUGAAACAUUAUGUAAGCAGUUUUUUCCAAGUAACUGUUUUAAUGCUUUCAAAUCUGUCACUUCUUUUAGAACUUGUUAGCAGCUUUUGAGCUUGUAGAACUGUGGAAACGUGUAUUGUAAAUAUUUAUAUACUUAAAAUGAAACAUUGUCGUGUAUUUGCUCUUGUUGCAAUGUUAAAUUGUGUGUAGUCAGUGGCAUACCAAGGAGAGAGCACGAGCGGGAGGGGGAAAUAUAAUUUUAUUAUCACAUAAAUGCUAACAUAAUUAACUCUUUCUCUCCGUAAUUAUUUAUUUUGCUCAUUUGUAUUUUACUAUCCUGCUUUCACUAUCCUUCAAUAACUUUUUUUGUUUGUUAUCAGAAAAUGUUCUAUUUGGCAUCGAAUUAUAGGAGAAUGUAUACUCUUUGUACACAACACAAAUUUAAAGUUUAUAACUUCAAAAAUCAAUUUAGUUUAAUGGGGUCAAAUCUACGAUGACAUUUGUCAAUUAGUAGAGUAAGAAUUAAUAAAUCAACCAUGUGUAAGACGUUAGAUGAUUUUACUUAUAUUACAUUUUGAAUUGAUCAGUGCACUGGUUCAUAACCGGAUCCCGUCUUAUACAUAAGCAAUCUAGGCCUCCGAUAAGUGGAUGGAUUUGCAAAAUGUUCGUAGAGAAGAAAUAUCGAAACUUGUGCCCAAUGUUAUUGCUGAAGUUCACUAGUCUAACUAUUUAUUUACUUCGCCUACGGCCUCCAGUGUUUUAAGGCCGGCCCUGAGAUAACGUACAUUCUUUGGGAUGCGCUGGGGGAGGAUUUAACUGUAAAUAUAGUUCUAAAUUUCUUUUAAAAGUAAACAAAAAAAAUGUUAAAAAUGAAAAUAUAUUAAACAUGGGCGUAUCCAGGGGGUGGAAUUCAAACCCCCUUCCCUCGAAUUAUGACUGAUUUUUUUUUCUGUUUUAAUUAUGUUUAUUUUUUAUGUCAGAUAGUAAAUGAGAUUAAGAAUGACAUGCUAUAUUUAUAUUACAAUAAUUAGUUAUUAAUUUAUUACAUUGUGUAUCAUAUACA